UCACGAAUCGCAAGUUAGCAAGUCUUUUGGUAAUGACGUAUCCUGUUCUUUAUACCGAUUAUUUGUUUUAGUGAAAAGUUAACAUAUUCAAGAGAUUCUUUUGGAAAUACUACAGUUGUACAAUGAAUAAGUUGCUUUAAUGCAUAGUAUCUACUUCAAAUAGUAUUUGAAGUUACUUGUGCAAUAAACGAUGCCGAAAACUAAGGUGACGGGCGCUACUAGCAGAUUGAAACAAGACUAUCUCAGGCUUAAAAAUGACCCAGUACCGUAUGUGACUGCGGAACCUGUGCCAUCUAAUAUCCUGGAAUGGCAUUACGUUGUAAAGGGCCCUGAAAAGAGCCCAUACGAAGGAGGUUACUAUCACGGCAAAAUAAUCUUCCCCAGAGAAUUCCCAUUUAAACCACCAUCGAUUUAUAUGAUUACGCCUAAUGGAAGAUUUAAGACAAACACUCGUUUAUGUCUCAGCAUAACCGAUUUUCAUCCAGAUACUUGGAAUCCAGCGUGGUCAAUCUCAACUAUAUUGACAGGUCUACUUAGUUUCAUGUUGGAGAAAACUCCGACACUGGGGUCUAUAGAGACGUCGGAAUACCAAAAACGAUGUUUGGCCGCUGAAUCGCUUGAAAUAAACCUCAAAAACAAAAUGUUCUGUGAGCUGUUUCCAGAAUAUGUAGAAGAGAUUGAAAAGUUGAUCAAACAGAGAGAGGAAGCUUUGCUGAACGCCAACAACUCUAACACGAAUAGUGACAGUGAAGUGACAACAGAACAGCAAUCCAACAUGUACUACAUUCUAACAAAUCUCUUUGUGCUUGUCGGCUUUGUGUUUCUUGCAUAUAUGGUGAAAUAUGUUUUAGUUUCAAUUUCUGAUUAGGGCAACACUCACAUUGAACAUAAAAAUGAUUAUUCAAAAGUAAAAUGUAAAUAUUGUAACUUAUUUUGUAAAUAUAAUGUUUAUUUUCUCUCCAUAUGUAUGUUCAGCUGUUAUUUCAUCUUAUGACAGGUCCUUGGCAAAUGUGAUUGGUGUCUGCAUAUCUGAAUAUGAAAGGUUUUAUUGAAGUGAAGUUCUGCAAUAGUAAUCUCAGACACUACAUAGGUGUACUUAUUGUAGUGACACAAUAGCUUAAUAUUUUGCAAUAUUUUAAUAUAUAAAGUGUUAUAUGCUAGAAGAAAAUUCAACAAUUUAUAGUGCAAAUUGUAAAGUAACUCCAAAAUAAUGUAUACAAUAAUUUGAAA